CCUUAUGGGGACAAAUGCAUCUAGAAAAACCUCCUUUAUUGUCACCAUUCAAGAGGAAUCCACCAGUCUAUAUAAAGCCAAAACAUCUUAUACAGAUUCUAUCUCCCACCUUUUCAAUGUUCAUGUCUUCCUACUUUAUUCUCUAGCUCCGUCCUCCAUUUACGCCACCCUCGAUCCAAUUUGUUCCAUAAAUCAGCUCUUCCUCAUUUGGACCUUUCAUUCGUGGCAACUAUGAAGAACCCAACACCGUGUUUGUUUGGAAGCUACCUUUUCUUUCUUCUGUUCUCUGGUCACUGCUGCUAUUCCCAGAAAACCUGCCCAAGCUGUGGCCCCCUUGAAGUUCCUUAUCCUCUGAGUACCAAUCCCAACUGUGGUGACUCGGACUAUACUCUCCGCUGUGAUACUCACUCACAGAAACUCUACUUCAAUGCGCUCAAUGGAAGUUCAUAUCUUGUAGUCAAAAUCAACGCUUCGAGUCAACGUAUGGUGAUUCAACCAUCUCCAUGGGUUCCUGGCUCCUGUGUUACUCAAGACAUGUUGGUCAGUGAAGGCCUGUGGUUAAACCAAUCACUUCCUUUUAACAUCACUUCAUCCAAUACAGUUUUCCUCUUGAACUGUUCGCCUCGGCUGCUGGUCUCGCCUCUCAAUUGCACUCCUUCUAGUCUCUGUCACCACUACUUGGCUAGUUCAGGACGAGUUGAUGAAAAAAGAGCACUUCAGUGUGGAAGUGUUGUUGACCCUUGUUGUACCUUCAUCCCUGGUGGUAUGCCUUCAGCAUAUAAAAUAAGGCUUCAUAACUCAGGCUGUAGAGCAUUCAGAAGCAUCCUUCAUCUGGAUUUAGAAAAGCCUGCAAAUCAGUGGGAGGAAGGUUUAGAAAUUCAAUGGGCUCCUCCACCUGAACCAAUUUGCAGAACUCAGUCUGAUUGCAGUGGGGCAUCAGAUUGUCUUCCUACUGGUGGUUCCAAUGGACGUUCCCGUUGCUUUUGCAGAAAGAGCUACUAUUGGGAUCAUAUUCUCGGAACGUGCCUAAGAAUGAAUAGGAAGAGCAUGGUUGGACUCAGUAUAAAGCUCUCGGUAUGUCUGGUUUCCUUUUUCAUUCUAGCUGUGGUUAUAGCUCUAAUUACAGUACGGAAGUCCAGAACUUUCAGUAAGCAGGAAAAGCUCUGUAAAGAAAGAGAAGAUAUACUGAGUUCAAGCAAUGGUGGGAGACCAGCCAGGAUGUUUCAUCUGAAGGAGAUGAGGAAAGCAACAAAUGAAUUUUCGAAAGACCGGGUUCUAGGGAGCGGUGGCUUUGGAGAAGUUUACAAAGGUGAACUCCAAGACGGGACUGUUGUAGCCGUGAAGUCAGCUAAAGUGGGCAAUCUAAAGAGCACCGAGCAAAUACUCAACGAAGUUGGAAUACUAUCUCAAGUGAAUCACAAGAAUCUUGUAAGGCUUAUAGGUUGCUGUGUGGAAACUGAGCAACCAUUGAUGAUAUAUGAAUACAUUUCCAAUGGCACCCUCCAUGACCAUUUACAUGGUAAGUUCUCCACUUUCUUAGACUGGAAAAAAAGGCUAAAAAUUGCUUCACAAACUGCUGAAGCAUUAGCUUAUUUGCAUUCAGCUGCCUACCCUCCCAUCUAUCACAGAGAUGUCAAGUCAACAAAUAUACUCUUAGAUGAUAACUUCAAUGCAAAAGUUGCAGACUUUGGACUUUCUAGAUUGGCUUUGCCAGGAAUAAGCCAUGUUUCAACUUGUGCACAGGGUACUUUAGGUUACCUUGACCCGGAAUACUAUCGAAAUUACCAAUUAACAGAUAAAAGUGAUGUCUACAGUUUCGGGGUCGUCCUGCUUGAGCUUUUAACCUCUCAGAAGGCCAUAGAUUUCACAAGAGCUGAAGACGGUGUCAAUCUAGCAAUCCACGUCAUCCAACAAGUGCAUAAUGGUGCGUUCAUCGACGCCAUCGAUAAACAGCUUCUCAGCAACGAUCCUCCCAGCAACAUUCUGAUCUGUGUGAAACACUUCUUGGAGCUCGCACUCUCCUGUUUGAGGGAGAAGAAAUCUGAAAGGCCUUGCAUGAAGGAUGUGCUCCAAGAACUCGAAUACGUAACCCAGAUAUUGGAUGGUCCAGAAACAGUUGCAGAAGAGCGUAAUUGAAGUCUUAGACUGCUAGAUUUGAUGCUAAUCUUUGCUAUAAUCUUUCAAUAUUCGUAGUAAAAAUGAUAUGGGAAGGAGAUGGGAGAUGCCAAUGAUGGAUUCUG